UCUCCCCUCCCCCACCCCGGGCCAUGGAGGGUUCGGGGGGCGGCGGGGCCCCCCCGGGGGGUUCCGAGCCCCCCGACCGCGCUGUGGAGUACCUGCUGGAGCUGAACCGGAUUAUCGCGACUCAGCGACAUCUCCUGGCCUCGCAGCGCCGCCGCAUCGCGCAGCUCGAGGGGCAGCUGCAGCGCCUGGCCCGCGAGAACCGGCACCUGCGGCAGCGCGGGGCGGCGGGGGCGGCCCGGCACGCGGGCCACGCGGACCCCGAGGGGCAGUACCAGAACCACCUGGAGGCCGAGGGGCUCUACGGGGACCCCGAGCUGCCCUACCCGCCCCGAACCGAGCGGGACCUGCCCUACCCGAGCCACGGCGACCCCGACGGGGCGUACCCGCCUCACCUGGAGCGCGACGGGACCUACCCCGAACACCUGGAGCACGACGGAGCUUACCCGGAACAUCUGGAGCGGGAGCGGCCCUACCCCGCACAUCUGGAGCGGGACGCGCCCUUCGAGGCUCUGACCGAGCGGGACGGGCCCUACUCCGGCCGGGCUGACCACGAGCGGCCCUACCCGAGCCGAAAGGACCGGGACAGACCCUACCUGAGCCGAGCCGAGCGGGACGGGCCCUACACGGGACAGGAGGGGCAGUUCCACGGUGUCCUGGAGCGGGACCUCCAGUACCAAGCACACCUGGAGCGGGACGGGCAGUACCCGGGCAGGAUGGAGCAGGAUGGACAAUAUUCCAGCAGGAUGGAGCAGGAUGGACAGUAUUCCAGCAGGAUGGAGCAGGAUGGACAAUAUUCCAGCAGGAUGGACCGAGAGGGGCCGUACCCGGGCCGGCUGGAGCGAGAGGGGCAGUACCCGGAGCGGGACGGGCAGUACCCGGGCAGGGAUGGGCAGUACCCGGCCCGGCUGGAGCAGGAGGGGCCGUACCCGGCCCGGCUGGAUCGGGAGGGGCCGUUCCGAGGUCGGGAUGGGCACUACGGAACGUGCUGGGAGCGGGACUGGACGCGGGGGCCGCUGAGCCGAGGCCCCUCCCGCAGCUCCAGCCCCGGGGGGGGACACAGCACCAGCGCCAGCACCAGCCCGGCCACCACCCUGCAGCGCAAGUCGGAUCGCGACAGCUCCAGGACAGUGAGGUGCCACCCUCAGGUGCUUUGGCUGCUCCAACCUCCCCCCGCCCGCAGCGUGGACGGCGAAGCCCCGGGCAGCGAGGGGGGGGGUCCGGUGCCCACAGCCCCGGGAGACCCCCCCCCGUACCGGGGCCUGCCCCAACCGGCGCCCCAAGGCCCGGGGGGCGGCGGGGGCGGCCCCGGGGGGGGAUCCCCGGGCGUGGCCUGGCCCCGGCUGCCCCCCCAGCCCGCCAGCGUGGCCCUGCGCAAGCAGGAGGAGGAGGAGGAGAGCAAGAGGCCGAAGGCUCUGAGCGACAGCUACGAGCUCUCCACCGACCUGCAGGACAAGAAGGUGGAGAUGCUGGAGCGCAAGUACGGCGGCUAUUUCCGCUCCCGCCGCGCCGCCCGCACCAUCCAAGCCGCGUUCCGGCGCUACCGCAUGGCGCAGAAAUUCGAGCGGCUCCGCAGCGAGGGCGGCCGCGCUCGACGCCUGGCGCUGCCGGGGCUGCGCCUCCAGUUCUCCUUCGAGGAGUACGACCGGGGACCCCCGGCCCCCGCGCCCGGCCCGCCCCCGCCGCCCCCUCCCUAUUUCCAGGGCAAACCGGCCUCGCUGGACGAGGGGGUCCUGGGGGGUCCGCGGCGCGCCCCCCGGUACGGGGGGUCCUGCCGGGCCGGCCUGGAUGGGUGGGGGGGGGGUCCCGGGGUGGGGGGCGCGGGAAGCCCCCCCCGGCAGCUCUCGGCGUCGGCGGAUUUCGGGCCGGGAGGAGCCGACCUGGAGGAGGCGUUUGCGCAGCAGGUCAAGUCCUUGGCCGCCUCCAUUGACGAGGCGCUGGGCGGGGGUCGCGGGGUCCCCCCCGGCGCUCCGGACCCCCCCGCGGGGGACAGCGCGGCCACCUCGGCCAGUGACGUCACCCUGUACCUGGACGAGGGACUCCCCGGCUCCCCCCGCUCCCCCGAGAGACCCCCCAGCCCCGAACCCCCCCCGGACACCGGGGGUCCUCCCCCCCCACCCGCCCCUCCACCCCCCCCGCCUCCCCCCACCAACCCCCCGGGCCCUGCCGAGCGCGGGGGGGGUCCCGAGGAGCCCCCCCGGAGGGGCCCCCCGUGCCUGGAGUGCCGGGGGCGGGGGGCCGGGGGGGGACACCCCCCUCUGCUGACCGUGGAACCCCCGAGCGACAGCUCGGCCGACCUGAGUGACCGCUCGGACCGCGGCUCCAUCAACCGGGGGGGUCCCUACGAGCCCGAGCCCACCGGGGGAGGAGGGGGCGGCACUUUACCCCGCUCCGGACCCCCUCCCCAUCGCUGCUUCCACCCCGAGGGACCCCCCCCGCCUCCCCCCGGCCCCCCACCCCCACCCGCGACCGAGGAGGGCUCGGAGGGCGACAACGAGAGCUUGGGCAGCAGCUCCAACUCCAACGAGACCCUGAACUGCUCCUCGGGUUCCUCGUCCCGGGACAGCCUGCGGAGACCCCCGCCGCCCCGCGGCUCGUACCAGCGGGAGCCGCGGCAGAGCUGGGACUCGCCCGCGCUCAACAACGACGUGGUGCAGAGGAGGCAGUACCGGAUCGGGCUGAACCUGUUCAACAAGAAGCCGGAGAAGGGGAUCCAGUACCUGAUCGAGAGGGGGUUCCUGUCCGACACCCCCGUGGGCGUCGCCCACUUCAUCCUGGAGCGCAAGGGGCUGAGCCGGCAAAUGAUCGGGGAGUUCCUGGGCAACCGGCAGAAAAGUUUCAACCGCGACGUGCUCGACUGCGUGGUGGACGAGAUGGAUUUCUCGGGCAUGGAGCUGGACGAGGCCCUGCGCAAGUUCCAGUCGCACAUCCGGGUGCAGGGCGAGGCGCAGAAGGUCGAGCGCCUGAUCGAGGCCUUCAGCCAGCGCUACUGCGUGUGUAACGCGGCCCUGCUGCGCCAGUUCCGCAACCCGGACACCAUCUUCAUCCUGGCCUUCGCCAUCAUCCUCCUCAACACCGACAUGUACAGCCCCAGCGUCAAGGCCGAGCGCAAGAUGAAGCUCGAGGACUUCAUCAAGAACCUGCGAGGGGUGGACAAUGGCGAGGACAUCCCCCGGGAGAUGCUGGUGGGGAUCUACCAGCGCAUCCAGAGCCGCGAGCUGCGCACCAACGACGACCACGUGUCGCAGGUGCAGGCCGUGGAGCGCAUGAUCGUCGGCAAGAAACCGGUGCUGUCCCUGCCCCACCGCCGCCUCGUGUGCUGCUGCCAGCUCUACGAGGUCCCCGACCCGAACCGGCCCCAGCGGCCUGUGCACCAGCGCGAGGUGUUCCUGUACGACCUGCUGGUGGUGACGAAGAUUUUCCAGAAGAAGAAGAUCCUGGUGACGUACAGCUUCCGGCAGAGCUUCCCGCUGGUGGAGAUGCACAUGCAGCUCUUCCAGAACGCCUAUUACCAGUUCGGGAUCAAGCUGCUGUCGGCAGCCCCCGGGGGGGUGUCCCUGUCCCCAGGGGGUGUCCCUGUCCCUGUCCCUAUUACCAAUUACCAGUUCGGGAUCAAGCUGCUAUUACCAGUUCGGGAUCAAGCUGCUGUCGGCAGCCCCGGCGGCGAGCGCAAGGUGCUGAUCGUGUUCAACGCCCAGCCCCAGGACCGGCUGCGCUUCGCCAGCGACCUCCGCGAGUCCGUGGCCGAGGUGCAGGAGAUGGAGAAAUACCGAGUGGAGGCCGAGCUGGAGAAGCAGAAGGGCGUGGCGGGGCCGCGGGGCGCGGGGCCCCCCCGGGAGGCGCUGAACGGGCUCAGCCGCAGCUCCCUGGAGGAGGCGUUCGGGGCCGAGGGGCUCAAACGGAGCGCGCUGAGCAGCUCCCUGCGGGACCUGUCCGACAGCGGCAAGCGGGGCCGGCGGAACAGCGUGGGGUCUCUGGACAGCACCAUCGAGGUGAGGGGACAGUGCCACCCCUGAGUGUCACAUCCCUGAAUGUCACACCCCUGAGUGUCACCACACUGUCACUCCUGAGUGUC